GCCCCGGCGUCCCCGGGAGGGUUCCCCGUGAGGGUUCCCCGCUCAGCUGCAGCGUCGCGUGGCCGCGGAGGAGCGCAGGAUGGGCUCUGUGACCUUUGAGGACGUGGCUGUGAACUUCACCCUGGAGGAGUGGGCACUGCUGAGUUCGGCUCAGAGGGACCUGCACAGAGAGGUGAUGCUGGAGACCUGGCAGAACCUGGCCUCAGUAGAAAACUCUGGAGACCAUCCCAUGGAAGAUGAGCCUGAGACCCAAGGGGCACACCUGAGAGGUCGUGUGGAGGACAGCCUCAGUGGAGGCGGCGAGGCUCCCCUCAGCCCCGGCCCUCGUCCCGGCCAGUGUGCGCGAGGUGCUCCUGACCCGAGGCCGUGCGGGGGCCCCGGCUGUGCCGCAGCCUUCGUGCGCCUCUCCUGCCCCGGGAGGCCCGCCGGGUGGCCCUGUGGACAGUGGCCCUGUGGGCGUCGGGGGUGCGGACCGGCCUGCACCUGCCCCUGGCUCCUGGGCAGCCACGGAGAGAAAGCCAGCGGGGAGGAGCCGCGCGCGGGGACCUUCCCUCCUCUGGCCUCCCUCACGGGACAGCUCGCGGCGCGCACUGAAGGCGGAAGCGACGCGGGCCAGGCGUGGGCGACGGGGGACCACGCGGCCGAGGGGCCGGGUAGGAGUGAGGUCCGUGGGAAGGACUCUGUCCGCGCCUCCCGGAGACCCGCGGGGACCGUCCCUGGGGGGAAGCCCUACGCGUGCGAGCAGUGCGGCCGGGGCUUCCAGCACUCCAGGUCCCUCACGCGACACAGGAAGACGCACCACGGAGCCCAGGACACCCGCGAGGGCCAGCGCGGUGGGGGCCAGCGCGCCGAGGGCCAGCGCGGCGCGGGCCCGGCGGGGGCUCGGAGGGAGUUCGCGUGCAGCGAGUGCGGGAAGGUCCUGGCCUACCCGUCGGCCUUCCAGAACCACCUGCGGACGCACUCCGGGGCCAAGCCUCGCUGCAGCGCCACCAGAUGA